AUGGCCGUCUACUGCAGCGAAGCCUUCAGCGUCUACCCGCAGACAGCCACCGCUGCUGCGGGCCCCUCGGGGCAGAGGCCUUCCGCCACCACAUACGCGCUGGGCGACUAUGGGGCACCGCCGGGAGCCGCCGGCUACCUGUGGGGCGUGAGCAGCGCUGGGCCCUACGUGCAAAGUACCGGCGGCGGCGGCGGCGGCGGGGGCUCGGGUGCGCCCUUCUUGCCCUACGGCUGCCCUCCGAGGGCCGUCGGGGGGCCGCAGCUCUUGCCUUCGCCCGGACCUGCCUCUGGCUCGGGCUCAACGUCGGAGCUGGGCUGGCUGAGCCUGGCUAGCCAAGAGGAACUCCUACGCCUGGUACGGCCGCCGUACUCUUACUCGGCGCUGAUCGCCAUGGCCAUCCAGAGCGCUCCCGAGCGCAAACUGACGCUCAGCCACAUCUACCAGUACGUGGCCGAGAACUUCCCCUUCUACAAGCGCAGCAAGGCUGGCUGGCAGAACUCCAUCCGCCACAACCUCAGCCUCAACGACUGCUUCCGCAAGGUGCCGCGCGACGAGGACGAUCCCGGAAAGGGAAAUUACUGGACCUUAGAUCCAAACUGUGAGAAAAUGUUUGACAAUGGGAAUUUCCGCCGCAAGCGCAAGAGGCGCUCUGACCCCAAUGCCUCCAGCGUGGCAUCCGGGGCUUCCACCGUGGGGACUCUGAAGGCUCAGGAAGGGCCCCCUGUGGCCUCAGACCCGGGGAAGCCCUGCAGCAACAGUCCCUCCUUGGCCCUGGAGCCCACGGCCUCCCUGAGGGACCCCGCAAAGAGCAGCUCUCCGCCUGGGAUCGCCUCACCGACCCCCGGCUGUCUCAGCACCUUUUUCAGUGGCAUGAACUCCCUGAGCAGCGGAGCUCGCCUUCCCGAACUGCAGCAUCGAAGCCACCCCAGCGGCCCACUUAGGGGCGGCAGCUUCAGCCAGGAAGCUCCUUCAGCAGAGCAGCUGCAUCGAGUCUCCUCGGGGCCGGCUGGCACCUACUACGGCCCCUUUCAUCCUAGCAGCGGGGGCCAGGCCGGACAGUACAACCAUUUGUACAAUUUCACCGUCAACAGCCUCAUCUACGCCCGGGAAGGCACUGAAGUAUAA